UCAAAUAUCAACCACAAAUUUCUCACUUUCCCAUAUAUAAAGCUAACGAAGUUUCAAACCCAUCAACAGAAUUUUCUGUUAAUACUAUUCCAAUCCUAAUUUUCUUUCAUCAUGGGAACUGUAAUCGACUCCCAUUUCUUGGGCCUUACCGCCAUUGUUACAGUUGGAUAUCAGUUGCUGUUCUUCAUAGUCACCGCUCUUCUCAAAAUUGACAAAGUCACUGACUUCGCUGGAAGCACUAACUUUGUCAUACUUGCUAUAUUGACUCUGGUGGUCAGGGGCUCAUGGCACUUCAGACAGGUUGUUUUGAGUUCUCUGGUAGUAGUAUGGGGUCUUCGCCUUGGACUGUUUUUAUUGUUGAGGAUUUUACAAUGGGGAGAGGAUAGGCGUUUUGACGAAAUGCGCCAAAAUUUGGGGAAAUUGGCAGUUUUUUGGAUAUUUCAGGCUGUCUGGGUGUGGACUGUGAGUUUACCCGUUACAGUGGUUAAUGCUAGCAAUAGAGAACCAUCUUUUCAACCUGCAGACAUAAUUGGGUGGAUCAUUUGGUCAAUAGGAUUUUCAAUUGAGGCCUCAGCAGACCAGCAAAAAUUGCAAUUCAAAAACGAUCCAGGAAAUAGAGGGAGGUGGUGCAAUGCUGGAUUGUGGAAAUACUCUCGUCAUCCAAAUUACUUUGGAGAGAUUUUCUUAUGGUGGGGGAUUUUUGUGGCUUCAACUCCUGUACUGGAUGGUGCAGAGUGGCUUGUGAUCAUUGGUCCUAUCUUUCUUACCUUGUUGCUUCUUUUCAUCAGUGGAAUUCCAUUGCUGGAGGAAUCAUCGGAUAAGAAGUUUGGAAAUGUUGCUGGAUACGCGAUGUAUAAGAAAACAACUAGUCCUCUAAUUCCACUGCCUCCACUAGUGUAUGGGAACCUGCCAUCGUGGUUCAAAAAGUUUUUCCUCUUCGAGCUUCCUCUCUACAAUCGCAAUAUUCUCCAAGAAGGGCAACACUGGUAUAGAACCAGCUCAAGAGAAGGAAGUGGGGGAUUGAAGAAGAUGAGUUAGUGCAUUGUACAUCUCUAUUUAUUGCUUUGAAUUUCAGCUAUUUGGAUAAUUUUGGGUUUUUGGUUGAAAAGUCACAUUUUUUAUUCUAAUUGAUUAUCACAGAUUGGUUGAAAAGUCAUAUUUUUAUAAAAUUUAUAAUUUUGUUUUUUGACCA